AUGGCCGCGGCGGGGGCGGUGGUGGCGGCGGCGGGGCCGGUGCGCGGCGGGGCGGGGCGGGGCGCGGCGCGCCAAGUGGCAGCGCCGUUCAGCCAAUCAGGAGCCGCCCUCGAGGCGGCCGCGUUCCAUCCCGCCACGGCGGAACCAAUAGGAAAAAGCGGCGGGGCAGGGAGGGGGCGUGGCCACCGCCGACACCGGGCCGCGCGCCGGAGCGCUCCCCCCCGCCCCGCGCCGGGCCCGGCCCCGCGGCCGCCGCCGCCCCGCAUGGAGCCCGCGCCGCCGCCCGCCGCCUGCGCACUGCUGCUGCCGCCGCCCGCCGCCCGCCGUCGCCGCGCCCGCCGCCGCCUCCCGCCCGAGAACGACGGGGCCCCGCAGGCAUUGCCCGGGGCGCGGGGCUGGCUGCGACGCCUGGGGGAACCGCUGGGACUGCAGCCCCCCGAGCAGGAGGCGGUGCUGAGGGUGUUGGACGCGGGCUUGGAGCGGUGCCUGGCGCUGCACGCAGCCUGCAUCCCCCUGCCAGGGCACAGGAAGCUCCCAGGCAAGGCAGGCAUCGAUGAGGUGAUGGCAGCCGCAGUGCUCACCAGCCUUUCCAGCAGCCCACUGGGGCUCGGCCACCCCCCAGCACCUCCUGGCCCAGCAGAGCUUGGCAGUGAGAUCUGGAAAGAGACACCAGCCAUGUCCUUCAGCUGCAGCAGCAGCAGCAACACCAGCGGGGAAUGGAGCUGGGACCCCCCCAGCGACCGCUCCACCCCCUCCACCCCCUCACCCCCACUCUCCAGCCAUGACCCCAGUGCCUUCUUGCCACCAGACGAUGGCCCCGAGGAACCUGACAGCACCCACUUCAUGUUUGGAGAGCCCAUCCCGCGGAAGAGGAAGAACUCCACCAAGGUGAUGUUCAAGUGCUUGUGGAAGAGCUGCGGCAAGGUCCUCAGCAGCUCCUCAGGGAUGCAGAAGCACAUCCGAACCGCGCACCUGGGCCGCCAAGCCGACCUGGAGCAGAGCGACGGCGAGGAGGACUUUUACUACACGGAGCUGGACGUGGACGUGGACUCGCUGACGGAUGGACUCUCCAGCCUGACGCCCGUCUCGCCCACCUCCUCCGUGCCGCCCGCCUUCCCCGGCCCCGAGCUGCCGCCCUUCCCCAGCCCCGAGCCUCCUCUGGGCCCCCCCCGCAGCCCCCCGCCACCCCCGGGCCUCUGCCACGUCCACACUGACCACGCGUACCAGGGCUGCCCCUCAGGGCCCACGGCUGGGGAGAAGCGGCCCCCAGGGCUGCCUUUACCUGGGUUGAGGACGCCGGCGCUGCCCACCCCGACGCUGUCGAAGCCACCCGCCGUCCCCAGGAAGCCACGGGGGGAGGCCAAGAAGUGCCGCAAGGUGUACGGCAUGGAGAACCGGGAGCUGUGGUGCACGGCGUGCCGCUGGAAGAAGGCCUGUCAGCGCUUCCUCGACUGAGCCCCGCCGCCGCCGCCGUGCCCCCCCAGCUCUCCUUCUUGCACAUUUUGCACUUGAGGUGCCUUCGCGCCCCCCAGCCCGCCCCACACACACACACACACACACACACACACGCGCGCUCCCCCCUGGGGCUGGACUCAGGGAACAGCCCCCACGCUGUUGGGGGGAGGACUGUAGGGCUUGGGGGGGCCACGCACAGUUGGGCCUGGCCCUGCCUUCCCCCCCACCCCGAGCUUUAUGCACACAGCCCCCCCACGCCAACACAGAGCUUCCCCCCCCCUUUCUUUAUCCUCGGAAAAUAAGCUAACCCUCCCCGUGCCCCCCAGCCCUUGCCUGCAGCCCAUAUCCCUGCUGGGGGGGGGGGGGGGGGGGGGGCCCAUGUGCUGCUGGGAUAAGCUGUGCCUUGGGGCUUGGGGGGGUGGAGGGGAGGGAGAAGGGUGGGUUCUGCUCCCUGUCCUCGCCUUAACGGGGGGCUGAUGGGCACAACUGGGUGCCCCCCCUGCACCCCGCGGGGGUUUUUACUCUUUGUAGCGUGUUUUUCUCUCUAUGUUUUGUACCUGGGGAGCAGCAGCUCCUGCCGGGGGCCGCGCUCCGGGAAGUGCCUGCAGAACGCGCCCAUUUGCACUAAGCCAAACUGCACAAAGACCUUUUCUGUUUUGUUUUUGGGGUUUUUUUUUUUGUGUUGUUUUUUUUUUCUCCCCCCCCCCCCCUUUUUUUUUUUUCCCCUCUCCUUUGUGUGUUUUUAUUUUUUUAAAUGAAAUAUAUGAAAAUUCCUAUUUUUUAAAUACUUCCUCCCUUCCCCCCCCCCCACCCAAACCCUCUCCGGGCUGCAAUGCCUCCAGCCCAGGGAACUUCAGGGGCUUUUUGGCCUUCGCCCCUUUCCUGUCCCCUCCCAGUCCCUGUGUCCCCUCCCCAGGCGCAGUCCCUCCCCCCUUUGCCUGGGGUUUGGGGAUCCCUGCAUUGGGUGCCCCCGGAAUGGGGUCGGGGAGGUGCUGGGAUGGGUCGGAUCCAUGAGAAAAAAUAAAAGAUUUGGAUUCUUUUUGUUUUUUAAAGGAUGACGCUGAGCUGCGUGAUGUGGGGGGAUGGAGGGGGGGGGGGUCGGUCCUGCUGCAGCCCCCCUGGGAUGGAAUCACCCCAACAGAGGGAUCCCCUGCAGGAUAAAGGCAGGGGAAGGGCUGAUGGAGGGCUGGGAGCCAGCUGCAGGCAGGGAGCGGGCACAGCUGGGGGAGAGCACAGAAAAACCAGACGCCAACGUUAGCAGCAAUUUCCCCAGUUUAUUGAAAGGGAUUGAUUUCUGCACGUAUGUCUACGCUAAGUCCCAUCACAACGUAUGCACACUCAAAGGGCGCAGCUCUGGGUGCCAGGCAGACAGAGUCCAAAGGGAGGCCCUGUCAGCUGAACUACAUCGACAGGGAGUCAGUACAACACAGCCACGUCCUCUGCUGGCCUCGGAGACCCAAAUCUCCUCCCCCGAAAUAUGAAACACAUCUUCGAUACAAACACAGGUUUUAUAAUAAUCAUUAUGGAGUCAGUUAUAAUAUAGAAUAUUUCCGGCAAAAGGAAAUAAUUCCCCAUCAUCAUCUUCGAACGCCGCCCUCUUUCUGUUCAGCUUUAUUUCUGCAGACAGGUUUAAAGCACGUUGGAAAAAUAAAUAGAGGUGGGAGCACACACACAGCACUCGUACUAAAGAACUAAAAACGAAGGCAGGAACCCAAAACACAGCGCAGGGCAACUGAAACGUACAGAGAACCACAGAGAACCGUUCCGUAUGGCUUUCGUAGGAGUUGCAGAAUGAGCUGAAAGAAGCUCAGCUCCUUGGUAAGACUGCAAGGAUUCCAGUUGUUGCAUUUGCAUGGAGUUCCUUUCCUAAGGGGGCAGCGAAGCUGUGGCUCUGAGCACGGGUCAGAGGGCUCUGUUUGGUACACAGAGUGCAGCCCCCACAGAGGAGUGGUGCUGGAUGAUGAUGCUGACACGCUGUUAGCUUUUCUGUGCAGCUUCCUUUUUAAAGUCAUUUUUAACCUCUUUCUUUCGCAUCCUCAAUGCUGAGCGCACCCAAAUGGUGCUGCUGGGCUCCAUGUCCGAAAAGGAAAGGAAAGGAAAAAUGGGAAACGUUUCCAAACACGAAGCAAAGCUGAGGUCACCCCGGGCUUUGAGGGGGGAUGGGGGCUCCCAGCUCUCGUGCUGUGGGACGGAAUGUCACAGAAAAAAAGGGGGCAGGGGUUGGGUGUGCAGGUUCUGUUCUUAAAUAGGUUUACAUAUCAAAGCAAAGCUGCAGCCAUCUGUAAGUACUGUGUGCGUUUGUCUACACAGAAGUGGGGGCACUGAGGGCCCCUGCUAUUGACAGGGCCGACAAUAAAUACAGAUCUGUGGGAGUCAAGAGCUGCCUGGCACGGGGCUGGGGCAGCUUUGGGGCCUGGAGGACGGCAGUGAAGGCUGAUGGUAGAACACGGGGAUUGCUUUUGUCUGCCCAAACACGGCCGUGGGGCUCGACGUGGAGCUACGAUGCAAAACCAAGGUCUAUGCAGCUCAAUGUUUCUGCAGCACCCCCCGCUGCAGCACACAGGGACCAGCACAGCUGGCAGCAGUGGGACACGUGGAACCCCAUCCCCAACGUGCAACAACGCCAACAGAGACGCGCACAGAUGUCUGCAUGGAACUGCAGGGCAGGGCUGGCAGCCAGCAGCUCCGACCCCGAGGGAGCGGUGGGGGUGAGGGCACCACAAACCCUGUUUUCUUGCCGAGCAGAACCACGCUUCCAUCGAAACCAACACCUGUAAGGAGCUCCCUCCCCACCGAGAUCCUUUCCCACCGUCGGAGGAUAACGAAUAGCACCUUGGAGUCAUUUGGCUGGCGGCACCAGGUUGUCCUUGGCGGCAGCUUUCAAGGAGCGUCGUGGCAGGCGGCGUAGAAAACGGCUCCGUAGCGAGGAAGGAGCGAGGUCUUCAGCUUUUUCGGGUUGUUUUUUUGCCUUGUUUUUAUAAAAAAGCACCAGAAGCAAAGAGGUGAAAGGUAACACGGAUUUCUUCUCGCCCAUCAGGACCCCUGCAGAGCACUGCGAGUCAUUUCCUCGGGGCUGGAAGCAGGCAGCCACGCUCCAUCUGGACACGGAGCAUCCAACCGCUCGGAGCCACCCAAACCUAUGCGAGACACGCCAGGAGAGAAACCUGGUUCUCAUAAAAACAUUUUAUUUGCAAAUUUACAUGAAACCAGUGCAGCUGAGAUUGAAGGGUUUCCUUAAUAGCUUUCACACCUACCAACGAUGGACUGAAGCCCACCCAGGUGAGAUCCCAGCAGGAUUUUGGGUCUCCUCACCUCGGCGUCCCGUGUUUCACAGCUCAUCCUAAAGGUCUCGCUUUUUCUUUUGCAUAUAUUUGUGAGAAAGGCAGCUGAGCAAAGGGAGGAAAGUGAAAAUAUCAGUGGAAAACGCCGACAGGUGGACAAUUCCCUGUGUCCUUAUGGCAAAGAGUCCAUGAAAAUGCCAGCGCCCAUCGGUGGGCGCGGAGACGCAAGGCUGGAAGACAGGACACGGGUACGACGCCGCUGGGUCCUAGAAAUGCCAUCAUCUUUUUUGAUGGUGAUCCUUCUGGAAGCUAAAAAUCUACUUUUAUGACAAGAAUCGUAAGGCUGCAAUGCCACUUGCCUUUUGAUCUAUUUGGCUCGGUAAAAAAAAAAACAAC